AUGACUACCUCCUCCCUACCCAAGCAGGUCCUCUAUGACCUCAUGUUAGAGCAAAGCCCAAGGUCUGCAGUUUCACCUCCCUGGAAAGCUUGGGGUUCCUGCAGCAGCUACUGUCCUACCUACAUCCUUCCACACCCCACCAUGUUAGAUGGUACCCCCCACCUGUUGACACUAGAUGAAGCUGAUGCCAUCUGGACCCUCGUCAAGGAUAAGGUUAUCGAGGAGCGCUUUGGGCCCCAUGUAGUAGCAGUACCUUUCCUGUCGGAUGCAGCCUGCUAUGACCUACUUGGUGUACUAGUGAAGCAGUCCCGCCCAGCCCACACCCGCCUGGUUUUGCCAGGUCGGCAGGCCCGGCGGACACUACAACCAGUGGGGCUGCUACCGAGUCUCCUGGAGCAGGCAGGGUCUGAGGGGGCCUUUGCCCACUGCACUCGGGAAUACUCACCAAAUGGCCGAGCAGAGGUAGCCUAUGAAGAAACACGACUGCUAGAUGGGCAGCCCUGCAGAAUCCACCUGCACAUGGGCGGCCUGCGAAAGAAGGUGGCCUUCCUGCUGCUGCCGCCCGGGCAGGUGAGCCUACGGCAGACUCUUCCCUGGCUCCGAAGCUCCCACAGCAUCUAUGUCAUCUACCAGGUUUUCUCCUGCUCCUGGCUACAGCUGGGGCUACUGACAACAGCCCAAGAGCCCCAGCUGCUCAGGGUACAAAGGUCACUGCCUAUUGCCUUCUCCUGCUUCAAGUUUUCACUGCAGCCUAAAGGAGUGCUGGGACCACAGAAGUCCCUGGCCAAAGAUCCCUUGCCCCAGGGAGCUAAAUGGGUCAGACCCAACCUCAGCACUGUGCCACCUCUGGCCCCAACACCAGCCCCUGCGGAGAGUCCUGAAGUCGCUGAUGUGCCCUCAGCUGUUCCAGCCCCACCUACACCACCUCCCCAGGAAGGGCCAGAGGGCAGACCCACAAGAGUCUCCAACAAGGGCCGAAAUCCUUUCCGAAGGGGGCCCCAGAUGUUAUCAGAGAACUGGCUCUUCAGCCCCCGCAACCCCGCACCAGGAGUCCAGGGUGGGGGCCCCGGGGACCCAGACCGGCACUCCAUGUCCCUGCCCCUGCUGCAGGGUCUGUCCUCGGAGUUCGACAGCGACGACUGAAGUGGAGGCAAGAAAUACAGGGGGCAAGGCCCCCAAGAUCUGGCAUAGGGAUACUGGUCCCCAAUAAACAUCAGCUGCUGCUCCCCAAACCAUCCUGGACCCAUUCAUGCUUCUUCCCUCAAGGGUCUGGAAAAGGGAGGAAGUCCCCACAUUCUCCCCUAGUUUAAUGCCCACCC